UGGCGCUGAGACUCGGGGAAUCGCGCAUGCGCCGUGCGCUCCGAACGCUGCGGGAAAAGUGCCCGCUCGCGUUCUUCUUGGUGACUUGUUUUUUCUUUGUGACUUUUGUUUCCUGUGUGCGGGGGUGUGGAGAGCGAAAAAAAACGAAAAAGAGAGAGAGAGAGAGAGAGAUAGGGUUGGUUAUCAUGGCGGCAGCGAUUUGGAGAGUGCCGACGGCGGCGAGCGUCGCUCUAGCUGGCCGAUCAGGCGGAAAUGGGGUGGCUGAGGUUGGAUUGUCAUCUACGUCCCGACUGAACUCCACAUGGCAUUUGACGUCGCGUCAAUCAUCUGUUGUUCUUCAGGCAAGGAAGCGAAGAAAUGGAUCACGAUCCACAAAGGCAUCUGUGGAGCAGUGGGCAGAGCAACCUUCCAGGCAGCAGGUUAUUCACGAAGCCAUCCAGAGGCUGUCGGAAGAUGACAUUCAAGCCACAGCCGCCAAGUACAAAAUAGAAGACGAACUCUUCUCUGAGAUCGACUAUGCUCAGGUGAACGCAUUUACAGACCGGGCGUUUGGCGGGAACCCAGCUGCUGUGUGCUACUUGCCGUAUUCUGGAAGUGACAGAUGGAUGCAGCUGGUCGCGCGGGAGUUCAAUCUCUCUGAGACGGCCUUCCUUGUUCGGAGAAGACGUAAGAAGCCGCCACGUCAGCCCCUCAUUGUUCUUCGGGAAACAACAUCAGAUGACAGCCAGUUGGCGGGAAACUCCACAGAAGCGCGGGAAGGUCAAAGCACAGGUCCACAUGCUUCUCCAGGUGCUGCUGACGUGUCGGAAGGAGAGGACGCGGCAGCGGAUACGCCCCGACCCCGACGACCUUUUGAAAAGACCCCUGCUCCAGACAACGAGUUCGAUUUAAGAUGGUUCACGCCCACCAUUGAGGUGGACCUCUGUGGGCAUGCCACGCUAGCUGCGGCCCAGUUGGUAUUCUCGGCAGGACUGGUCGAGGAGGAGGAGAUCAAAUUUCACACAAGAAGUGGCGUGCUAACUGCCCGCAAGGUGCCGUCGACAGAAAAGUCAGAGGAAGAUGAAGGUGCCGCCGACAGCACUGGCCAUGGCGAUCCGUCAUCGACAGCAGUGCGGCAAAAUGACACGUCCACUUCGGUGAGCUCUAGACCGGAGUACAAGGGACAAAUCGAGUUAGACUUCCCGAUAGUCCGAGCCGAGGCAGCAGUUGGGGAAGAAGGCACAUCGUUGCGAACGGCACUUGGUCAAGCUCUCAAAGGGCGACAGCAGUCGGAUCUGAAGAUGCACUUUGUUGGGAGAAGCACGGGCAAUGACAUUCUGGUUGAGCUGGAGUCAGAAGCUGACGUCAGAAAUCUGAUGCCUGACAUGGCAAAGGUUGCAGCGAUCGAUGCGAGGGGAAUAAUUGCCACUGCCGCAACUGUUGGGAAAGACUCUGAAUUUGAUUUUGUAUCUCGGUUCUUUGCUCCACGGUCGGGAAUCCCUGAGGACCCUGUAACUGGCAGUGCGCAUUGUACCUCCGGUCCUUUCUGGGCAUCAAAACUGGGAAAGUCCACAAUGACAGCAUAUCAGUGUUCCGAGCGCGGAGGCCUUGUCCAUGUCUGCGUCGAUGAGAACAAAGGGCGAGUGUUCCUUCGCGGAAGGGCAGUUAUGGUGAUGGCAGGCGUGCUGCUCAACACUCACUCUGCAUGACCCAGAGAGGAUUGGGAGGGGAUUUGCAGUGGGAGAAAGGGAUAUGAAGGGGGAGAAGGAGGAGGGAAGCAGUAGAGUGGGAGAAAGGGGAGGAAGGGGGGGGUGGAGUAAGGGGAGGUGGUCUUUUCCUCGAACGCUGUGUUGUUGUUUUCGUGUUUCAAAUGUGAUCAGCAGUUCAAAACUGUAGAUAAUAUUUGCUAGAGUGUUUCUCGUCAAUACCUCCCUCCUCACCGUCUGAUGUGUGUGCUUUACAGUGUACAUGUACCACCAGGCUUUUGCCACCGAGCCCCGGAGCUAGCAUGUGUUCAUUAGUUCAAGCGUGGGGGAGCAUGCAAAAUGGGAAGUGUCAACAUCAACGAGUAUGGAAAUUUGUUCAGCAAUUACUUCGAACAACCAGGAUGGAAAAUCCUCCUGCGAAACUUAUGGUCAAACGCAAGGGGGGUUGUGCUUUCGAUGUAUUUGGUGUGGACAAAAUGGUUUGAUGCGUGCGGUGAUUUGUGGCAGGUCUGCCCGUUAGCUGCAGUGGUGAUAGAGGAUGUUUCCCUGCUAUCCUGCCUUUUGGCAUUGUUGUC